ACCCCAAGCAAAAUUUUGACUAAAAUUGUCACAAAAUUUACAUAUUUUUAUGUAGUUUUAAAUUGAAGGAUAAAAUAUUGCAAAAGAGAUGGGUUUCAUAGUCUGGUUCUUGGUUGGAGCUGCAUUGGGCGUUGGAAUGAUAGCCUGUUUUGCAAGAUUUCAAAAUAUGAGGUCCAUAAAACGCAUUGAGUUGGCAACAAUAGUUGCAGCAUUUGCAAGAAUGACAGUUGAAGAUUCAAGAAAAAUACUUCCAGCUGAAGCAUACCCUCCUUGGGUUGUCUUCUCACAAAGACAAAAGUUAAAAUGGCUUAAUCAUCAUCUUAAGAAAUUAUGGCCAUAUAUUGACCAGGCAGCAUCAGAAGUUAUUAGGGAAAAAGUUGAGCCAACCCUUGAGAAAUACAGAUCCCCUAUUAUAGAUGAUUUGAAGUUUUCAAAGCUCACAUUAGGUACUGUGGCUCCACAGUUCACAGGAGUUUCGAUUAUCGAAGGUGAUCCUGAAGAAAUUAUUAUGGAGUUGGAGUUGCAGUGGGAUGGAAAUCCACACAUUGUACUUGACAUAACUACUUUAGUUGGAGUGUCACUGCCGAUAGAGGUUAAAGACAUUGGAUUUACUGGUGUUUUCAGGAUAAUAUUCAAACCGUUAGUUGAGGAGUUCCCAUGUUUUGGAGCUAUUUGCUACUCCUUAAGAAAUAAGAAAAAGCUUGAUUUCACUCUCAAAGUUUGUGGCGAUAUCUCAAGUAUUCCUGGAGUACUAGAUGCUCUUAAGAGUACAAUACUGGACGCGAUUGAAGAUUCUAUGAUGUGGCCAGUCCGCAAUAUCAUUCCCAUAUUACCAGGAGAUUACAGUGAUUUGCAGUUAAAGCCUGUUGGAACACUAGAGGUGAAGCUCAUUCAAGGUAAAGAGCUAAUAAAUAAAGACUUAGUCGGGAAAUCUGAUCCGUUUGCUGAGGUAUUCAUUCGUCCACAGCGCGAGAGGAUUAAGAAAAGCAAAGUUAUUAACAACACACUGAACCCGAUCUGGAACGAGAAUUUUGAGUUUGAAGUUGAAGAUGCAUCGACUCAACACUUGACUGUAAAAGUAUAUGACGAUGAAGGCAUUCAGGCUUCCGAACUUAUUGGAUGUGCUCGAGUGCAGUUAAAAGAGCUCGAGCCCGGAAAAGUGAAGAGUGUGUGGUUGGCACUGGUGAAAGAUUUGGAGAUUCAAAGGGACACAAAGAACAGAGGCCAGAUUCACUUGGAGCUGCUAUACUGUCCUUUUGGCACACAGAACAUAUUUAUGAAAUUCGUCGACCCUGACUUUAGGCUGACUGACUUGGAGAAGGCCCUUCAGCAUGGAGUGAAACCAGCCACGCAGAAGACACGCAAUCUCCUCUUCAGAGGCGUUCUCUCCGCGACAGUCAUAUCAGCUGAGGACUUACCAGCCACCGACUUGUCUGGAAAAUGUGAUCCAUAUGUGGUACUGAUACUGAAGAAGUCAGAACAGAGGGAGAAAACUAGAGUUAUGACCAACUUAUUGAAUCCAGUUUGGAACCAAACAUUUGACUUUGUUGUUGAGGAUGGACUGCAUGAACUGCUAAUAUUGGAAGUUUGGGACCAUGACAUGUGUGGAAAGGAUAAAAUCGGGCGAUGCAUAAUGACACUCACUCGAGUUAUACAAGAAGGCGAAUUUACAGAUACCUUCGAGCUUGAUGGAGCGGAGUCUGGGAAGCUACACUUGAACCUUAUGUGGACACCACAACCAAUAAUCCAGGAUUGAUCCAUUACUGUCUGGAGAUGAUUUCUGAGGUGAGAAUUAACAGAGUGAAGAAAUAUUACUGUGUGAAUACUUGUAACAGUAUAGAUGUGGUGUACAGAAUUGCAAAUAUAGUAUAAAAUGACUAGUAUAAAAGGAACUUCACUGUAAUAUAUACAGGUGAACAACAGAAUUUCAACUUUCUAUUUA